GGGAGAGAGAGAGAGAGAGGAUUUCUCUUUUAUCUCACAUGAAGACGAACCCCAAUAAGGUCCAAAACUAAAAUUGAAAAAGCAAACAAUUCUUGGCUGCGAGGAAUGAGCGAAGGAGGACCAGGGCCGAUCUUUAUUUCCCCUGGCGUUUUCUUCCUCUGUUUUUCUUGAUCCGGAACCCUAACCCUAACCUUGUUAGAUCGUCGUCGAUGAUGCUCCGAUUCAAUUAAUUGGCCGUCUAUCGAUCGCGGAGAAGAAGCCAUGCCGUCUCACGCGGAUCUAGACCGGCAGAUCGAGCAUCUUAUGGAAUGUAAGCCUCUCUCGGAGGCCGAGGUGAAGGCUUUGUGCGAGCAGGCGAGGGCCAUCCUGGUCGAGGAAUGGAACGUACAGCCGGUCAAGUGCCCAGUCACCGUUUGUGGCGACAUUCACGGGCAGUUCCACGAUCUCAUUGAGUUGUUCCGAAUCGGAGGAAAUGCUCCAGAUACCAAUUAUCUUUUCAUGGGCGAUUAUGUAGAUCGUGGGUACUACUCUGUGGAGACUGUCACUCUUCUAGUGGCAUUAAAAGUUCGUUAUAGAGACAGAAUUACAAUUUUAAGAGGAAAUCAUGAAAGCCGACAAAUAACCCAAGUAUAUGGUUUCUAUGAUGAAUGCUUGAGAAAAUACGGAAACGCAAAUGUCUGGAAGUAUUUCACUGACCUUUUUGAUUAUCUACCCCUCACGGCCCUUAUUGAAAGCCAGAUUUUCUGCUUGCAUGGUGGACUCUCCCCAUCUUUGGAUACAUUAGAUAACAUCCGGGCUUUGGACCGUAUACAGGAAGUUCCACAUGAGGGACCAAUGUGUGAUCUCUUGUGGUCUGAUCCGGAUGAUCGAUGUGGGUGGGGGAUCUCUCCCCGGGGAGCUGGAUACACGUUCGGACAGGAUAUUGCUUCUCAGUUCAAUCACACGAAUGGGCUUACCCUUAUUUCAAGAGCCCAUCAGCUUGUCAUGGAAGGUUACAACUGGUGUCAGGACAAGAAUGUAGUUACGGUAUUCAGUGCCCCAAACUAUUGUUACCGGUGUGGUAACAUGGCAGCAAUACUUGAGAUUGGGGAAAACAUGGAUCAGAAUUUUCUUCAAUUUGACCCUGCGCCACGGCAGAUUGAGCCCGACACCACACGCAAGACUCCAGACUAUUUUUUGUAAUCUUUAUAUCUUGGCCACCAGUUGGUGAUACUUCUUGUUUCUUGUUGUGUUUAUGUAGAUGUGUUUAAGAGGGGAAGAGGUUUGUCGUUAAGUGGAGAGAGAGACAGGGAGAUGAGUAUCAUUCUUUUGUUUGGAUUUGUCUUGCUGCUGCCAUGUUGUGGUUACGGAACUAUUGGAAGGCUUUACUUGGCAUUUGUCUUGUAUUCUUAGAAAAGGGAAGCGGCAAUAACAAAAUCUCUUGUUUUAUAAUUUACGUUCUAUGGUGGUCUAUGGAUUUGGGUUAGGUUUUGUCAA